AUGGAGGAGAAUCUUUUCGCGGAAGACCUUCCGCUGCCACCGGCCCGGCUGUUCGAGCGACUAGGCCAGUUACCUGGUUAUACCUGGGACCAAGCGACCGAACCGUUUCACUCCACGUACAACCACUGGCAUCUCUCAGGAUACCGCCAUACCCUCGAGCCCGAUGUUUCAACUCCUCUCGCAAAUUCAUCAGCCCCCGCCUCGUCCGGGCCGUCCAGCUUCAGCCGCUUCUCCCCGCGCCCAGAACUCCGACCAUCCGCCCGUGCCUUGCGCAGAUUGAGCGUUAGCGAAACGAGUAGCGAGAUAUCGCUUUCGAACCACCACAGCCAGGAAGCAGAACAAUUAUGGAUUCCGGUUGUUGCGAGGAUUUCCACCAACAUUAUCCGCCUCGAACGGGAGUUUCACAUGCUCAGGUCGAUUGUGCAGUCGUCAGAUCCGGAUUGCAAUCAUACAAUACGACCGCUUGAUCUGAUCAGGCUACAACCAGACGAUGAUCACUCCAGAACACUUUUGGUUGCGAUCUUCGAGUCUCCAGGCCAUGACAGGCUGCGUGAUUUGGUCACAUUUGGCCCUGCCUCAUUCGUGGCGGGUGAGCAGAUCCCUUUGGAGGCGUUUUUUGACUUCGCAAUUGGGGCAUGCGAUUGUCUGGAAAUUCUACAUUAUGGGCUGAAGACAGUGCACGGCGAGAUUCGGGGUGAUGCAUUCCAUUUUUCUGCUGAGACUGGCGCAGUGAAGCUCGCAAAUACUGGAAAUGGUGCUAGGACAUUUGACAAUGUUCUCAGCGAUGGAUGGUCAUCCCUUUCGCGUGAGCUUGGUGCCAAGUAUAAGUUGCAAUUUAUCGCCCCAGAACAGACUGGAAGGAUGCCUACGGAGCCUGAUAGCCGCACUGAUAUCUACGCGCUGGGGCUCUUUUUCUGGUCCAUGCUGGUGGGAAAGCUGCCGUUCGAAGGCACAGACCCCGUUGAAGUCGUGCAGAAUGUACUAGGCAGGCGAUUGGUGCCUGUGUCCUCGAAACGAAUGGAUAUUCCAGAUGCUCUCUCGGCUGUGAUUCAAAAAAUGACGCAAAAGGUCGUGCACGAUCGCUACCACACGAUCUCAUCUGUGAAACGUGAUCUGAUGCAUAUCGCGAAACUGCUGGGUGAUGGUGACAUUGACGCUUUGAGCGAUUUCAGAGUUGCGCAAGGAGAUGUGUCUUCCUUCUUCACUCUCCCAACCAAAAUGUAUGGGCGGCAAGAAGAAUAUGACACUAUCAUCAAGAUUAUUGAAAAAGUCAAGAAGCGCCAGGCGGUUGCCUUGGCCAAAGCCGGCGCCCAAAGCCCUGGUACAAUGCACGGCCUCACCUCGGCUUCGUCCCUCUCCGACAGCCGGGUCGAAAGCCUUGAGUUUGCCUCCGUCUCUAGUGACUCUGGCUCUUUCCAUCUGCCUCCUCGGUCGGCUUCUAAUGCCACCAGUGCUCAUCUUGGGCCCAUAAAUGAGCCUUCACCGGGUAGUGAUACGUCGUUUUCCACUCCGAAAUAUGGAUCGACAACUCUUCCCGGGCAGUACGCGCAAAGUCCAAGAACAGCUUCUACUGCAAUGAAGAGCCCGUCGCAGUCUCGUUCUUCCCACACCACUGACAGAGACAGUCAUCCCUCUAUCGCCUCUAUCGGACCUAGCAGUCAACCAUCAACACAUCACACUGUUAGCCAAUCGGGAUCAUAUCAUUCUCUGCAUAAGCAGAAGGCUGGCCUGAAAAGUCGCCGCAGCGAACGUUGCGAAGUGAUUACCAUCAGUGGUCCUGCUGGAAUAGGCAAGACGGACCUCGUGAAUCGAAUACAGCCAACAGUGCGCAAACUUGGAUGCAUAGCCAUCACUCGUUUGGACAGAGCGAAACGUGUCCCAUUCGAGCCCUUUGCGAAAUUACUGGCGAGUCUUUUGCGCCAAAUCUUCUCUGAGCGUGAUGUUACGACAGAUUAUCAUGAAGAUGUGCGAAUGGCAUUGCGGCCAAUGUGGCCCACUCUGCACCGGGUUCUGGACCUCCCUGAGCAGCUGAUGUCUCCGGGUGCCAAAUACAGGCAGACAAAUGCAAAGAGCAAUUCUCUCGUCCCAGAAAAGGGAGAGCCAUCUAAGCACGUCAACAUACCGGGGCUAGAUCAAGGACAGACUUCUCUCGAUUUCUUCUUGGCAAAUGCUGCCUCAAAAAACAUGCGGCUUAUGGAGACAUUCCUUGAGAUUUUGCGAACGCUGUGUACGUUCAGGUUGAUCACUAUAUGCCUGGAUGACCUUGAACACGCAGAUGACGAAACCCUGGAUCUGGUCUUGAAAAUCAUCAAAGCGAAGCUCCCCUGCGUUCUUAUUCUGUCAAGCCGCAAAGACGAGAUUCCGUCUGAUCAAGUGAGGACGCUCUUCGAGGAAGAGCUGCCAACGGUCACGCGGAUCGCACUCCAGCCACUCGAAGAACAGCAUAUCAUGGAGAUUGUCGCAGCCACAAUGCAUCAGGAACCAAAUCAAACACUGACUCCACUCUGCGCGGUCGUUCAGGAGAAGAGUCGGGGAAAUCCCUUCUACGCACGCGUGAUGCUCGAGACGUGCUACCGGACGAACUGUAUCUGGUAUUCAUGGAAGGAUUCAAAGUGGCUGUUUGACCUUGAUCGGAUCUUCACAGAGUUUGUAGCCCCCGAGUAUGGCGAAGGACUGGGACUCGGCUUUCUCACCAAACGUCUCGAGAAUAUUCCCAGCGCCGCUCGAUCGAUCAUGGUUUGGGGAGCUCUUCUGGGCAGCCCGUUUUCCUUUUCAUUGGUUCAAAAGCUCUUAACAAGUGAAUUUCUCCAUUCCACCAAUGAUGAUGACGGCGAUGAGAGUCUCGACCUCAAAUCACCACAAAAUGUCACACUGGUCCGGCGAUCCGAAGGUGAUCUCAUUGUCGGGCUGCAAUUCUUAGUUCAAGCGAACCUCCUGAACACGGGAGAUACCGACGAUGAGUUCAGGUUUGGCAACGAACGGCUUGCACAGGCUGCUAUGUCUCUCAGCGAGAGUCGAAAUGUCGAGAAAAUGCAUUUCAUCGUUUCGCAAGCAAUGAUGAAAUAUUACCACGACCAUCGGAGCCGCUACUCGAUGGCUCAUCAUGUGGCACUUGCAUCGCGGACUAUCAAGACCUGCGUCAGGAAACGACUCGAAUAUAGACGCAUUCUCUGGGAUGCUGGGCAAACGGCGUUCCAAUCGGGUGCGCGAACCACUGCACUUUGGUACUUCCGCCAUUGCAUCGCCCUACUUCAGGACGACUCGUGGAACGACUCUAAACCUGAUGUGUAUUACGACGAAACCAUGCGGCUGUAUAUCGCCACUGCCGAGAUGUCGUGGUCUCAAGGGCAGAAUGACGAAGCCCUUCAAUUGAUCAACGAGGUUUUUGUGCAUGGGAAGGAUGCUGUCAGCAAGUCAAGAGCCUGGAUCAUCAAGGCCAAAAUUUAUGCCCAACUCGGCGAUCAUCACCGCUCAAUGGAAGCACUUCUCACCUGUCUUGAUGAGCUUGGUGUGCAUCUUCGCCAAGCUACAAGUUAUGAGGAGUGUGACGCUGCCUAUCUGCGGCUUAAGGCCUAUCUCGAGAGUGCUGACCUGAACUCCAUUGCCCUAAAGCCAGUCUCCACGGACCCCACUAUAGUGACCAUUGGCGCUGUCAUGGCAGAGGCAAUGACCGUCACUUACUGGGACGAUGCAUUGACUUUUUACCGGAUGGCACUUGAAGUGAUGAAUAUUCAUAUCUUCAAGGGUGGUUUCACGCAAAUCGCAAUAGGUUGUUCUCAUCUUGCCAUGAUCUCCAUGAGUCGGUUCAAAGAUCUUGAAUUUGGCGCAAGGCUCAGCGAUCUUUCCUUGGAAUUACUUGAGCGCUGCGAAGAGUUGUGGACUCAAAGCAGGGGCUCGAUCGUCCAUAACCUCUACGUCAGCCAUCUACGUGUUCCCAUGGCAUCAACGCUACCGGCCUUGGAAGCUUCGCUUGAGGCUUCGUUCUCAAUGGGUGAUCCGUAUCUCACUCUGAUCAGCAUCUCGUCGAUGGCUUCUACUCGACUCUUUUUGGGUCAAGACAUGGCGCAACUGGAAGCCUUCUGCAUGGAGACCCCUGAAGAAAUCCCAAAUUGGCAACAAGAUACCCGCGGUGGGUCUAGUCUCAUUUCAAUCCAGCAAGUUUCACGAGCUCUCCAAGGCAAAACGGAUUUCCGAACCGUCGACGGCAUCAUGUCGGACGCCAACCAUGACACGAGCGCGUACAUGACGCACUUGGAUGUCCAUUCCAGCAAUGCUGACAGACCCCGCGACAUCUACUGGGGUUUUGCCAUGAUCCCAUUGUUCCUGUUCGGUCACCACACUAGAGCGGUUCAAGUGGGUACCCAAUUGUUGUUCACGCGACACAGACUCUGGUCUGCCCGUGUGUCUUAUGUGAUUUACUUUUAUCUGGCAGCCUCGCUGCUCAUGCUCCACAACGAAAAUCCCUCUCAAGGAUACCUCGACGGUAAGAUGGAUACACUUGCGGGAUACAAGGCCGAGAUCGAUUUCGCUCGAGAUGCGUCGGAAGCAAAUUACGGCAUGUGGGCUCUUAUUCUGGAAGCACUGCUUGCCGAGGUCCGCAACGACCACAGCGCUUCUAUCCAGAACUACGAGGCUGCGAUUGACCAUUGCCAAAUCCAUGGUUGGCCACUUGAAGAAGCUUUGGCGCUUGAGCUGCAGGGCGAGUUUUUGGUUCGACGUGGAGCGAAAAGAGCGGCUCGUGCUGUGAUCCAGGAGGCCAUGGCUGCAUGGAGUGCCAUUAGCGCUGGUGGCAAAUGCAAACAACUUGCCGAGAAACAUGAAUGGUUACUCAAGACAGCGACGUCAGCAAAGACCGUCGAUGUUGGCUGUCAGACCAUCGAUUCACUUCUUGAGAUUAGCCGCGAAGUGGUGCAGGAAGAGAUCUUGAUUCCGCAGCAGAUGGAAGAGGACGAGAGGAGACAGCAGUGGAUUGAACAGAAUGGGGUCUCUCCCGGAGAGCACUCUCUUGAUAUCUCAAGCGUCGGGUUGGACAUUAUUGACUUGUCUAGCAUUCUAGAGUCCAGUCAAGUCAUGUCAUCUGAGCUCCAAAUCGAUAAACUGUUCACGAAAAUGCUCGAGAUCAUUCUCGAAUCUUGCAACGGUUCAGACUUUGCCAUCAUUGCUACCGAAUUUGACGACAAUGGCUUUGCAAUCGCCGCAGCAGGUGAUGCCGAACGGGGCCAGAGAUCAAUUCCAGAAGGCCUUCCUUUCUCGGAAAUGGAAGACCGAAUGGCCCUUCAUAUCUCGGAAUAUGUCAUGCGCACAAAGGAGGAAGUUCUCGUUCACAACGUCCUCGAAGAUGAACGCUUUUCCAACGUGAGCGAGACUUACCUGGCAAAUUUCCCUGCUGGUCGGUCAGUCAUCGCACUGCCAGUCGUGCAAGGAGAUCGUCUGCUCGGUGUCAUUCAUUUGGAAGGAAAACCCAACUGGUUCACACAACGCAAUGUUGUGGUGUUGCACUUGCUUUGCAACCAGAUUGGGAUUUCACUGUCCAACGCAUUGCUGUUCCGUGAAAUUCGCAAGGUCAGCGCCAAGAAUGCUUCCAUGAUCGAGUCCCAGAAGCGUGCACUGGCACUGGCACGCGAAGCUGAACAAAAGGCCAAGAAUGCCGAGGCGGAGGCCAAGCACAACGUGAAGCUGAAGGAAGAUGCGGCAAGGGCAAAAUCCAUUUUCCUUGCCAAUAUUUCUCAUGACUUGCGUACUCCGAUGAACGGUGUCAUUGGGCUGUCGGAGCUUCUGAAGGGAACCCCGCUAGAUAAAGAGCAAGACGAAUACGUUGAAUCCAUUCGCGUGUGCGCUGAUACUCUGCUCACCCUCAUCAAUGACAUCCUUGAUUUCUCAAAGCUCGAGGCCGGGAAAAUGAAGAUCUCCACAGUCCCGCUCAACUUGAAAGACACGAUAUCAGAAGUCAUCCGGGCUUUGCGAUACACACACCGUGACAAAGGUCUGGAGACCAUCGAGAGCCUCGAAAAGGUCCCGGCAGACCUGGUUGUUCUUGGUGACCCGGUUCGUCUGCACCAGAUCUUCAUGAAUCUCCUCAGCAACAGUUACAAAUUCACACCUACCGGAUCAGUCACGGUCAAAGCGAGAGCUGCACGCGAGGGCAAGGGUCGUGUUCGUCUAGAAUGCUCAGUCACCGAUACUGGUAUCGGUAUUCCCGAUGAACAGAAGGCCCGGCUCUUCCGGCCAUUCUCACAGGCUGAUGCAUCCACGGAAAGAUCCUAUGGCGGCAGCGGUCUUGGCUUGUCAAUCUGUAAAGCCAUCAUCGAAGAUGUCCUCGGCGGAGCUAUCUGGCUGGAAUCAAAAUCGGGGGUGGGCACAACCGUGACGUUCCACCUCGUCUUCAACAAAGCCCCUAAGAAGGCAGCCGUCAAGUCCACCUGGUCCCAAGAUCUGAGCAAUGCAGAAAAGGAAGAACGUCGACCCUCAGCACGCGAUCUCACGCAAAUCCCCCGUGACCAGAUCCGAGUCUGCAUCGCCGAGGACAACCCAAUCAACCAAAAGAUUGCCGUUAAAUUCGUCACAAGCCUCGGCCUCCAAUGCGAAGCCUACAGCGACGGAAAACAAGCCGUCGACGCCCUGCGCGCCAGAUCCCAAGAAGGCAAUCCCUUCCAUGUUGUCCUCAUGGACGUCAUGAUGCCCACCCUCGACGGAUACAACGCCACCCGCGAGCUGCGCCGCGACCCCGACCCCAAUGUCAACGAAGUGCUAGUCAUCGCCAUGACGGCGAGUGCCAUCGAAGGCGAUCGCGAGAAAUGCCUCGAGGCUGGCAUGAACAAUUACCUCCCUAAACCUGUUCGCUCGCCAAUCCUGAGCGAACUCUUGGACAGAUACCUCGCCCCUGUCCCGUCAUAUCCUAAAUCUCGUCUUGCUAUCCGAGAAAAGCGUUCGAAGGCGAGUAUGGAUGCGGGCACCGGCACACCUACCAGUCGCACUUCUUCGGGCUCGGAUGAACUGAAGCAUUUGUCUUUGGAUAAGAAAUGA